AUGCCCAGUUGGCGAGUGACGCAAAAUGGUCGACAAGUGACGAAAGCCGUCUCCAUUGCCCCACAGCACAUAUGCCUUAAUCUUCCGGUUGACCGUCAUUCCCGGCGAGCUCCGCCCGACUACAGUAACCUCUUUUUUAGCACACUUCGACCGUUAGUUCUACACGGUUCCCCACUACAAUUUGCCCGAAAACUGGCAAUGCAGGCGGGCGGCAACAUAAGCGGCGACUCGGUCCCGGAGGACGAGCGUAAGCCGACCAGCUACGAGCUGCUUAUUCUGGCCCAUGAGAGGACCUCGAGAACCCCGAGUCCACUUUUGGGAGCCAACGGCGACGAUGACUCCGAGGCGGAGUCAUUCAAGGGCGGCCGGACCGAGGAGGUUGACCGGGACACGAAGGAAAGGGCGUUUGCGUGGUGCCGAGAUUUCCUGUCUGGAGCGUGGAAGACAAUUCAACUAAUGGACUUUCAAAUUAGCAUCGUCAGUGGUGGCCUCAGUAAUCUGCUGUACCUGUGCAGCCUUCCCGACCACGUGCACAGCAAGGGGGAGGAGCCUCGCCGGGUGCUCCUCAGAAUCUACGGCGCCAUCCUCCAAGGCGUGGACUCUCUUGUUUUGGAGAGUGUCAUGUUCGCCAUCCUGGCCGAGCGCACUUUGGGACCCAAACUAUAUGGCAUCUUUCCAGAAGGACGCUUAGAACAGUAUCUUCCGAACACCCGCAUGCGCACAGAUCAGCUUUCAGACGCUGACAUUUCCGCUGAGAUUGCUACCAAGUUGGCACGUUUCCAUAAAAUGGUGAUGCCAUUUAACAAGGAGCCCACCUGGCUGUUUGGAACCAUUAACAGAUACAUGGAUCAAGUGUUGAAGCUGAGUUUUACGCGAGACACCCACGUGAAGAAGUACAAGAAGUUGAUGAAGCUUAACUUGCCGGCUGAACUCAAAAACCUCCGCGAGUUACUGGCAGCGACACCAUCACCUGUGGUCUUCUGCCACAAUGACGUCCAAGAAGGUAAUGUUUUGAUACUGGACAAAAAGGACCAAAGCCGAACAGACAGACUGAUGCUGAUCGAUUUUGAGUAUAGCAGCUACAACUAUAGGGGUUUUGAUUUCGGGAACCAUUUCUGUGAGUGGAUGUACGACUACACGUACAGUCAGUGGCCUUUCUAUAAAGCUACGCCGGAGGAUUAUCCUAGCAGAGAGCAACAGCUUCAUUUCAUCCGAAGUUAUCUGUUGGGGCAGCGUUCAGGUUUUGAGCCAAGUGUGGACCAGAGACAAAUAGAGGAAGAUUUGAUUAUUGAAGCAAACAGGUAUGCUUUAGCGUCACAUUUCCUGUGGGGCCUGUGGUCCAUCAUCCAAGCUAAAAUCUCCAAAAUUGAGUUUGGCUACAUGGACUAUGCCCAGGUCCGCUUUGAUGCCUACUUCAAGCAAAAGAAGCUGUUCUCUUGA